UUGUAACAACAUACUGGAGAGUAUCAAUUGCAUGCUCUCUAAGAUGAACAAAAUUCUGACUACAUUUCUGUUUCUUUUCUUUCUUCACAUCUCAGCCUGCAAUGCUAAACCACAGGUUUAUGUGGUGUACCUUGGAGAACACAGUGGAGACAAAAGCGUGCAAGAGAUUGAAGGCCAACACCGCACAUAUAUUCAUCAUGUAAAGCGCUCCAAAGAAGAAGCUUCAGCUUCCCUGGUGCACAGCUAUAAGAAUAUCAUCAAUGGCUUCUCCGCUUUACUCACCUCAGAGGAAGCCAAUACCAUAGCAGAAAUGGAUGGUGUGAUCUCAGUGUUCCCCAGCAAGUCAUCGGAGCUUCAUACAACAAGAUCCUGGGAUUUCAUAAAUAUGUAUGAAGGAAAUGGAAAUCCUACUGCCGGCGAGGAGUUUCUGCGCAAAGCCGGCGGUGGAAAGGACGUCAUUAUAGGAAUGCUAGACACCGGCAUAUGGCCAGAGUCUCAAAGUUUCAAUGAUGAAGGGAUGGAACCUGUUCCCAAGUCAUGGAAAGGGACAUGCCAACAAGGACUUCAAUUCACCGCUACGCACUGCAAUAGAAAAAUAAUAGGAGCACGAUAUCAUUUAAGAGGUUACGAGGCAGCGUAUGGUCCUGUGAACUCCACAUUCGACAUUCGUUCAGCUAGAGAUGUAAACGGCCAUGGAACCCACACAGCAUCCACGGCCGGUGGCCGGAAAGUUGGCAGCGCAUCCGCAUUGGGUGGGUUCGCGGACGGUGUUGCCAGCGGCGGCGCUCCACUAGCACGCCUGGCCAUAUACAAAGUGUGUUGGCAAUUGCCUCUCCAGGGCAUAAAAAGAAGUACUUGUAGAGACGAUGACAUAUUGGCUGGAUUUGAUUAUGCCAUCGCGGAUGGGGUUCAGGUGAUUAGCAUAUCCAUUGGUUCAUUACCUGCAGAUACGUAUUUCACGAGGAAUGCCAUCGCGCUGGGAGCAUUACACGCCAUGAAGAUGAACAUUGUAGUAGUGGCUAGUGCGGGGAAUGAUGGGGAUUAUUACACUGUGGGAAAUAUCGCUCCUUGGAUCCUCACCGUUGGAGCAAGUAGCAUUGAUCGAGUGUUUUCGACUCCUGUUGUUUUGGGAAAUAACAUCCUAGUUAAGGGAGAAAGCAUAAGCGUAAUUAAGGAAAGAGUGACACUUCCGCUUGUCUAUGCAGGAGAUGUAGAGCUCCCUGGAACGACCAAUUUUUCAGGGUAUUGCCGACCUAACACACUUUCACCGGAGAAGGUGAAAGGUAAAGUAGUGUUUUGCCUAUUGGGAAGUUUGACCCAGUCCUUAGAAGUGGAAAGAGCAGGGGGUGCAGCAGCCAUACUAGGGAAUAGUAUAAGCGAGGUACAAGUUGAAAGUUUUCUGAUUCCAGCAACAACCAUAUUUUAUCCUUCCGGGACAGAUACCAUUCUUAAAUACAUUAAGACUAAUAGCAAUCCAGUAGCCACGCUCAUUCCUGGACAAACAAUUUUUGGUGCUAAACCAUCACCAGCCAUGGCUUCUUUCACCUCAUUAGGUCCAAGUUCCGUGGAGCCUAACAUUCUCAAGCCUGAUAUUACAGCUCCGGGGCUUAAUAUAUUAGCAGCAUGGAGUGAGGCAUCCUCGCCUUUAGAAAUACCUCAAGAUCAUCGAAGUGUUAAGUAUAACAUAAUAUCAGGAACAUCCAUGUCGUGCCCUCAUGUCUCUGCUGUGGUUGCGCUUCUUAAAGCCAUACAUCUUGAUUGGAGCGGUGCUGCAAUCAAAUCUGCUCUUAUGACCACUGCUACAACUGAAAAUGUGAAAGGAGAAGCAAUAAAGGAUGCAUAUGGAGAAGUUGCAGGCCCCUUCCAUUACGGGGCAGGCCACAUUCAACCAUCAAAAGCAGCUGAUCCCGGGCUUGUAUAUGACUCAACAUACACAGACUACCUUCUCUUUAUUUGCUCCAUUACAGGGACUUCACUAGACCCAUCAACUCUCAGUUGUCCCAUGGAAGCUCCAUCUCCAAGUAGCCUCAACUAUCCAUCACUAGCAAUAGCUGAGCUCAAAGGGUCGAUGGUGGUGAAAAGAACUGUCACAAAUGUGGGCUCAACCAUUGCUACCUACUCUGUGGAGGUUAAAGCCCCAAGUGGAUACUCGGUCCAAGUUUCUCCCCCCGUGUUGAAUUUUACACAAGUUGGAGAAAAGCAGAGUUUCUUUAUAAGCGUUAAGGCUGAAAGUGUUAAGAAGAGUGGGGAGUUUGAGUAUGGUUGGUAUAAAUGGAGCGAUGGGAUUCACAUCGUGAAAAGUCCAAUUGUUGUUGCAUCAUCGUAGCUUUGGGCUUUGGCUUGCAACUUUGGAGAUUCCUAGUGAAAACAUCAAAUAAAAUCAUCACAAUAAAUUGUGCCACCUGCAUGCAAUGUAGCCUCGUAAGAGCUGGCCCAAAUGGUUGAAUAAUAGUUUUCUGUUUUUUUUUU